AUGGCAGACAAACCAACGGAAGGUCUGGAUGCCAUCACGGCGCGCAUCAACAGCCUCAUGAACAAGGGCGCGUCACCCGCAGCUAGCAAAGACGCGGCUGGCUCUGGGGUGCCUGCUGCAAAUGGUGGAGAUGCGGACAAGGCCAAAGAAGGUGAAGCUGAGGGCGCCAGCGCAGCUGAGCCUAGUGCCCCCGAGGGCAAAGGUCUUGACUCCACACUGGUAGAGUCCUCUCACGAUGUCAAGGUGACGUUGGCGGAUCAACAGGCGGAUCCCAACUCGCCGCUCUUCUCCGUCAAGUCGUUCGAGCAGCUGGGUCUAGCCCCCGAGCUGCUCAAGGGCAUCUACUCCAUGAAAUAUCAAAAGCCAAGCAAAAUCCAGGAGAGAGCUUUGCCUUUACUUUUGCAAAAUCCUCCCAGAAACAUGAUCGGGCAAAGUCAGAGCGGCACGGGAAAGACCGCUGCGUUUGUCCUCACCAUGCUUAGCAGAGUCGACUUUGCUAUCAACAAGCCUCAGGCUAUCGCUCUCGCACCUUCCCGAGAGUUGGCUCGUCAGAUCAUGGACGUAGUGAGGGAGAUGGGCAAAUUCACCCCAGUAAAGACGGCCUACGCGAUCCCAGACGGCAUCAAAAGAGGCGAAAAGGUGGACGCUCAUAUCAUCGUGGGAACACCUGGCAAGUCGUUCGACCUGAUCAAGAAUAGAAGCAUCGAUACAAGUCAGAUCAAAGUGUUUGUGCUGGAUGAGGCGGACAACAUGCUCGACCAGCAGAGCUUGGGAGAGCAGAGUAUCAGGGUCAAAAAUGCCACGUUCCCCGACGUCGUUCGCGAGUUUGCGGCCCGUCUCGCCCCUUCAGCCAAUGAGAUUCGUCUCAAGCAGGAAGAGCUGUCCGUCGAUCUCAUCAGACAAUUCUAUAUGGAUUGCAAUUCGGAGGAGCACAAGUACGACGUGCUUGUUGAACUCUACAAUCUGCUCACCAUCGGUCAAAGUAUCAUCUUUUGUGCCAGACGAGAAACUGCGGAUCGGAUUGCGCAGAAGAUGACCGCAGAGGGUCACAAAGUGGACUCGCUGCAUGGCAAGCUAGAGACAGCUGAUCGAGACAAGACGAUCGACGCUUUCAGGGAAGGCAAGAGCAAAGUCCUCAUCAGCACCAAUGUCAUUGCUCGUGGCAUUGAUAUACAACAGGUCACGCUGGUCAUCAACUAUGAUAUGCCACUCACCCAAGGCGGCGUACCAGACUCGGAGACAUACCUGCACCGUAUCGGCCGAACGGGAAGAUUCGGACGCAAGGGAGUAAGCAUCAACUUCGUGCACGACAAGAAAUCUUGGGAGCAUAUGCACACUGUGGAGACGGACCUCAAAUGCCAGAUCACUAGGGUGCAGACGGACGAUCUGGAGGCUAUGGAAAGCACCAUCAAGCAAGAGAAGCGAAUGUCGCUUUCAGAAGAAGGACUAAGCCUGAUCGAUGGACUUCUCUGCGCUAAAAUCACAGCGCUCAAGGGCUAA